UGUCGCGGAAAUAAACAUAAGCUGCGCCGAGGAUUUAACUCUGCGUCACAAAGUUUCUCACUUUGUUUCAGAGGCUGGAAAAGUUCGUUUUCUGCCCGGAGCCUGGUUCACUGUGAGCGGUCAGCACAGAGUCUGAGUGUCCGGUGUCUGGCUCACUUAGGUCCGGUUCGGGGCGUGGAAAAGUGUGUGUUUUCUACCCGGAGUCUUGUUGGGCUUAGUCCGGUUCACAGCGCGUAGUGUGCCCGUGUCCCACAGCAGAAUGUCGGUGACGGUGAAAGCCUACCUGCUGGGCAAAGAUGAGUCGGUGAAGGAAAUCCGACGCUUCACGGUGGAUCAGGACGUUUCCUGCAGCUUCGACUACCUGAGCAGGAAAACUGCGGGAGUCUUCAGUAACCUGAAAAACAGCGGGUUCAACAUGUACUACAGAGAUGAAGAUGGAGACCUGGUGGCAUUUUCCUCUGAUGAUGAACUGAUGAUGGGUCUGGCCUGUAUGAAGGACGACACCUUCCGUCUCUUCAUGAAAGAGAAGAAAGAGCAUCGACGGGACUUUCCUCUCCACGCCUUCCCUCCCUUUGCGUUCUGCCCCCCUCCUCCUCCACCUGGAGCUCCUCAGCCCCCGCCCCCUCACCAUGGCCCUCCUCCUCACCCGGCCACGCCCCCCGCCCUGCACCCUAACGUCACCUGUGACAGCUGUGACGGUCCCGUGGUGGGAACUCGCUUCAAGUGCUCGGUUUGUCCGAACUACGACCUGUGCUCCGCGUGCCAGGCCCGAGGGACGCACACCGAGCACGCUCUGCUGCCCAUCUGGCACCCGCUGCAGCAGUGGUUUCCUCGGGGGAAGUGGAUGAAGAGGAUGAGACAUUGCAUGUGGAACCAGAACCUGAACCAGGCUCAGACCCAGACCCAGGACCAAGACCAGGACCAGGACCAGGACCAAGCCCAAGCUGGAUCCUCCAGACCUGCAGCUGACUCUGCCUCUCAGGCCAAUGUGGACUUCCUGAAGAACAUCGGGGAGGGUGUGGCGGCCAUGUUGAGCCCACUGGGUAUCGACGUGGACAUCGAUGUGGAGCACGAGGGACAGAGGACGAAGGUGACCCCUCCCUGUCAGAGCGGAGGGGUGGGGGGCGACGUGGAGAUGGACGGAGGCGGCAGAGAGGGUGGAGCCAGCGAGGCCUCAAAGGUGAGAGGAGACUCUGACGAGGAGUGGACUCACCUGAGCUCCAGAGAGGUCGACCCCUCCACCGGAGAGCUGCAGUCCCUCCAGCCUGGGGACCAGAACCAGGACCCUCCGUCCGGAGGACAGCAGGGGCCUCCAGGGGACCAGCAGGGUCCAACGGGUCUAAGGGAGGCGGCGUUGUACCCCCACCUGCCUCAAGAGGCCGACCCCCGCCUGGUGGAGUCCCUGUCACUCAUGCUGUCCAUGGGUUUCACUGACGAGGGGGGGUGGCUGACUCGACUCCUUCAGGCCAAGAACUUUGACAUUGGCGCUGCGCUCGACGCCAUCCAGUACGCCAAACAGCCUCGCCCGCACCAGCCCUGAUGAUGUCAUCAUCAUGAUGUCAUCACUGACAUCUUCACCUAUACUAAACCAAUGACAUCACCAGAUAUCGUUUAUAUCGUUUCAUGUAACCUGAGAUUACCUGUCAUCUGAUUACUGUUCUCAUUAAUCAAUACUUUACCUUGUUAAUCAAUAGUUUAACUCACUGAUGAGUGUUCUGGUUUAUCUUCAUUAGUCACUGACGUUUGUUUCAUGUUAAUCUGAACAAUAAAACAUGAACUGAAACUUUAA